AUGGCACAAAAUUUUGCUUCUUCCCCUGCAAAGCGCGCCAGAAAACCAAACUUUACACCUGCGGAAUGGACAGUUAUUUUCGAAGAGGCGGAAGAAAAUAUUAAAACAGUCAAGAGUAAAAUUUCCACGACACUUUCUAACAAACACAAGAGUCGGGUAUGGGAGGUAAUAACUGACAAAGUCAAUGCGCUCGGAUUUUCCAAAAGAUCUGCCAUGGAAGUGAAAGAUAAGUGGAGAGGAAUGGUGAGUGGAGCAAAGAAAGAACACAGCAAAUGAACCACUGCUAGAAAGAAGAUCAGGGGUGGAAAGAAACCAGAUUCUCCAAAGGCUACCACAGCCAAAAUUAUCGAGCUUUUCGAAACAGACCCCUCUUUCAGCGGCAUUUCGUGGGAUGUCGAUUCUGCACAAGUUUCAAGCUCAUCAACAGUGGAUAUAGAAGUUCUUGGACUAGGAUGUAAACUACAGCCUGUCACUUCACCCUGUGAACUCCCGGAAACCUGUGAACCCUCAGACCCCUGUGAAGCGUCACAGCUAGAUUGCAACUGCAGUAUCUAUUCUGAUACCAUUCCAUCUUUACUAUUCCAGAUGCUGGCAAUACUGCACCUGGCUUUCCUUAAAAAAGAAAAUGUAACGCUUGAUCUGGAAAUUGAAAAUCUAAAACUAAAGGAGAAAGAAAUAACAUAAAGGAUUAUGGAGCUCGAGUCCGGAUCAAAUUCCCACAUAUAUAUAUAUAUGUAUUUCAAAAAGGACUAA